AAAUUUUCAGUGGUUUGCUUCCACCCGGUUUAAAUGCAAUAAUGGGACCAACAGGAAGCGGGAAAACAUCCUUACUUGAUGUAUUGGCGCAAAGGAAAGACCCGAAAGGUCUGAAAGAAGGAAUUGUUUUACUAAACGGAGAGCGGCCUCCAGUGGAUUUCCGACUGAUGAGCGGCUACGUAGUUCAGGAUGACGUUGUCAUGGGAACGCUGACGGUUCGUGAAAAUCUCGCGUUUUCAGCCAACUUGAGACUUUCGACCAAGAAAUUUGAUGCGAAAGCUCGGAAACUAAAGGUUGAUGACGUCAUAGAACAAUUAGGUCUUCAAGCCUGCGCCGAUACACCGGUGGGAAACGAGUUUGUGCGCGGAGUGAGCGGAGGAGAAAGAAAGAGAGUAAACAUCGGGAUGGAAAUGAUCCUUGAUCCUCCUGUUCUCUUCCUGGAUGAACCAACCACUGGAUUAGAUGCAAACACAGCGAACUCCAUCGUUCUCCUCUUGUAUAAGUUAGCUAGCGGAGGUCGUAACAUUAUUAUGUCAAUCCACCAACCGAGAUAUUCAAUAUUUUCACUUUUUGAUCGUCUUGGUUUGCUGAACAAAGGAAAUAUCGUGUACAGAGGAGUCGCUAAGCAAGCGGUGCAUUAUUUUAAAGAUAUAGGUUUCAGUUGCCCUCGCUUCCACAAUCCUGCUGAUUUCUUCCUUGAUAUUGUUGGUGGUGACGUCAACACUGCCCGACUUAUCGGUCGAAUGAACAGCGAGUCACGUGACACGGAAGAGGGUACCAGCAGCCCUGCUGAAGAAGGCGACCGAAUAAGAACAGUUAAAGCAUCUUCAAAUCAAAUUUCGAUCGCUAUGGAGGAAGACGAGCAAGAGGACAACAGCGGAAAACUUCUGGAUUCUUUUCGUGCGUCAUCAAUUGCUCAAGAUGAGGAGAAAGCGCUGAAGACUAUCAAAGAAACUUUUCUUUCGCGAACGGGUGGGGUCGGAUAUUCAUUUAAAGAUCAAAUAUUAGAAGAAACACAUUACGCCAAUGGAUUCUUUCAUCAGUUGAAAACAGUAAUGGGAAGAACAGGUUUGAACUUGUUGCGAAACCCAAUGACGUCAUUCGUUCAAAUUAUCAUUAUGAUUAUUUUCGGCGUUCUGAUUGGUCUAAUCUAUUUCCAAAGUGACACGUCAUUUACAAGUGGAAUUCAAAACAGGGCCGGAUGCUUCUUCUUUCUCAUUACGACACAAGUUAUGUCGAAUCUAUCAGCACUUGAAUUGUUUAUCGCCAACAGAGCACAUUUCAUCCACGAAUCUGCGAGCGGUUAUUACCGCGUCUCCGUAUACUUCAUCGCACAAAUCUUUGCUGAUCUUGUUCCAAACAGAUUGAUACCAAACACAUUCUUCAGUCUCAUCAUAUACUUCAUGAUAGGGUUUCAACUGAAGGUUGAGAAAUUCUUUUUCUUUAUUUUGUCACUUUUCAUCACGGCUAUUUGUGCGUCAUCAAUAUCCUUUCUCGUGAGCGCCUCCGUGCGGAUAUUCGCGAUUGCAAACAUAUUGGUUGCCUUGCCAUAUAUUCUCAUGAUGUUGACUGGAGGUUUCUUGGCAAACACUGGGAGCUUAUUGGACUGGAUUGAAUGGAUUAAAUACGUCAGCAUAUUUAGAUACGGGACCAACGCUCUUACAGUCAAUGAAAUGAGUGGUUUAGUGUUCAUCGAUAACAGGACAUAUCCCGGGUUCGAUCCUACUUCAAGUCAACCUUGCAUAAGUACAAUCACUCAAGGGUUGAUUCCGAACUGUACCACUGGUGAAGCAUACAUGCAAAUUCAAGGCAUCGAGUACGGUGUGUGGGGUUUAUGGGUCAAUAUUCUUGCUCUUGGCUGUAUGUGCAUUGGAUUCCUUUUUCUAGCUUACGUUCAAAUGCGAAGGGUUAAUAAGUUUAAGUAAAACAUUAAUUCUUAUAAAAUGAAUUAAAGCAGUGUGUAUAUGAUCGUAUGCCAUUAAACCUGUUAAAUAUCUUAUAAGUCCACCAACGUUUUCGUAUCUUCCGCUUCAACGGCCAUGGUUUAAUAUAGUAGGGUGGAGAAAGAUGGGACACCUUUUCAUUCCAUAUUCUUGUCCCAUCUCGCUGUAAACAAGGAACAUUCAAAGAAUUUCGUAUCCUCACGACUUCCAUAGACCGUUGUUAAUUGUUUAAAACACGACCAGUAUAUUUGGAUAUUUGUGUGUAUGUGUCCCAUUUUUUCCAACUCAACUUCUGUUACACUUCUAGGCAAAUUGUCGUUCGCGAUUGUUCUCUUUUUGUCAUUUCUUUGUUAUCUACAUUUCUUUCAACCUAUUAUAAAUUGAGUUGUUUUUUUCUUGAUCAAAUUCCCUAUUUAUGAAAUGUUAGUGAAUUGCUUUACCUCGAGCCAUACUAUGUUUCUAAUUGAUCAUUUAAAAAAAAAACAAUAUGUUUAUUUUUAACCGAAAAAUCGUGGUCCAGAAUGUAACGGAACAUGAUAAAGAAUAGAAAGCGUAUAAUACCAAC